AUGCAUACUCCUGCUACAACCGAGAGUGAUACGGGGAAAUACUCAUCACGAGCCAAGGUAGCUCUCGCUUGCGACCAUCUGUGUAGCGACCUUAGCUUCUCUACCAUUUGGGACAAGCAUAUUUGCACAGAAUUGGAGCUCACUACCAACUUGACCAAGCCUCGCGACGGUGGGUUGGACCCCGAUCCUGAACCUUCUCCUCAGCCCACACCUUCGCCUACAUCAUGCUCAGAGUCAACUAUCACCGACCUCUGGGUACCAUGCACAUCAAUGAGCUCUGACUCUUCGAGCUGCACAACAACAAGCUCAUCUCUUGUCAUAGGUUGCGUCACAGCGAGCGCUACGACUACUGGGGCUGAAUCUUGCUCAACAGCAGACGCCAUCGGGGAUCAAGGCGAAGAUGGUGGCCCAGCCCCAGCCGCAGAGUCUACCAGCUCGGCUAGCGCCUUGGCUACCAUCACUCCUCCUCCAAACACACCCACUCCGGCUCCGACCCCAACGCCAUCUUGCUACCUCCAGGAUGAGGAUCCCGAUCUAGGUAUCAAUUCCGCUUAUUGCCGUAGUCACCAGCAAUUGUCAAGUCUGCACAGUCGUAGACGUCAACAACGGCGAGUGCACCACGAUGCCCAACUGCGUCCCAACAACGUCAUCAACGGCUCCAUCACCGCCUGCUUCCCCGAAGCCGCCGCCUGCACCACCUCAGUACUCAACAUUGGCUACUUCGAUGAAUGUGAGCCUGACGGCGGUUUAGGAGAGGGAGGAGGAGCAUCAUGCGAGAGCUACUGGACAGUCUUCGCCGACCCUCAAGGAGUAAUCUACAAUCCUUGCAACGACAAAGCCAUCUGGGACGACACAAAGGCCUUUGACGGUAAUGAGAUUAAGUAUCCCGUGUCAGAAGGCCCAUUCAAUGGUGGCGGCUUGACCGGCUGCGUGUACAGUCAGCUUUCAUCUACGGAUGUUGGGAGCAUGGCGUGCGGCGGAGUGGUUGGGACUUGCGUGAAGGAUACGAGCGGGAGACAAAGCUGUGAUGGAAGAGACGAUACAUGGGCGCCUGUGUCGAUCUGCACCUUCACAUAA